AAUUUUCGCAAUUUUUCGCAAAAAAUGGGUCUUGCAAAGAGAUUACUUCAAAGCAAAAAGGUGCAAUUUUGCAUGCCAAAAACUUUGUAUUACGCAAGAAAAAACUGCAGAAAUUGCUAAGUGUUCUCAGGCAACAAUUUCUCAAGUGUUAA